AUGGCUGCGGGGGGUGAAGGAUGGGGUGGCGAACAUGCAGAAGACGACGAUGAUGAAGAGGAUAUAGUCUACGAUGACGAUGAGGAUGAGUUCGGGCUUCCCAGCCUUUCUAGCAUGCGAAAGAAACAAAACAAAAGUAUAGCAGCCCUUCAACCCAAGGCUGUCGACCCAGGCGGAGUUGGGGGCAACCCUUCAAACCUUGGUUUUGGUCUAGGGAGCGGUAGACAUCGUGCAAACAGCUCAGAUAUUGCUGAGGAGCGCGGACCGACAAUGUACCCAGCAGCCCGCAAAGGUGAAGGCAAAAUACUGCGGCCUCAGUAUAAGGAUAUACUUAGAGAUCCUGCAAAUGCCUUGAACCUUAUCAAUCAUGCUCCACCACCUACAAACGCUUCGCCAAAAGAGAUGGAGAUGUACUCAAGCCGCAUAUCCAGAAUCAACAAGUUCAAACGACUUCUACAAACGAGCACGGUUCCACUCUCAGAAUUGAGGAAUUUGGCGUGGUCAGGAGCUCCGGACGAAGUGCGAGCGAUGACUUGGCAACUGCUUCUUGGAUAUCUCCCCACAAACAGCGAACGACGCAUCUCAACUUUGGAAAGGAAGCGCAAAGAAUAUCUCGAUGGCGUCCGACAGGCAUUUGAACGCAGUGCCACGGCUAAUGCGGCAAAGCCCCCUGCUUCAACAACUGGGCGUGGGAGAGGCUUGGAUGAGGCAAUAUGGCAUCAGAUCAGUAUAGAUGUUCCGCGAACAAGUCCUCACAUUCCACUUUACGGCUAUGAGGCCACUCAACGUUCGCUAGAAAGGAUACUUUAUGUGUGGGCCAUUCGACACCCUGCGAGUGGAUACGUGCAAGGAAUCAAUGAUCUUGCUACGCCUUUCUGGCAGGUUUUUCUUGGAGUUUACAUCACGGAUCUAAAUGUUGAAGAAGGCAUGGAUCCAGGCCAACUGCCCAGAAGCGUGCUGGACGCUGUGGAAGCGGACACCUUCUGGUGUCUUACGAAGCUCCUUGAUGGUAUCCAAGAUAACUACAUAUAUGCUCAACCGGGUAUCCACCGACAAGUUAGAGCGUUGCGAGAUUUAACAAUGCGCAUUGAUUCUACUCUUGCAAAACACCUAGAAAACGAGGGGGUUGAAUUCAUGCAGUUCAGCUUCAGAUGGAUGAACUGCUUGCUCAUGCGGGAAAUGAGCGUGCAGAACACCAUUAGGAUGUGGGACACGUAUAUGGCGGAGGAGCAGGGCUUCUCGAGAUUUCAUCUGUAUGUGUGCGCGGCAUUCCUUGUGAAAUGGUCAGACCAGCUGGUGAAGAUGGAUUUCCAGGUAUGUUCCUUGCGCGCGAUUUGUGGUGUCAAAGAAGUGCUAAUCAAAUCGCAGGAGGUUAUGAUGUUCCUCCAGGCUCUCCCAACCAGAGACUGGACCGAAAAGGAUAUUGAGCUCUUGUUGAGUGAAGCAUUCAUCUGGCAAAGUCUAUUCCAAGGCUCCCGCGCUCAUCUUCGACCAACUGGCGAACAAUUCCCCGAGGAUGGCCUGUAA